AUGUUCUGGCGUUUUGGCGGCUAUGCCAACAUCUCAACCAUAGAUACCCUCCUUGACAAAUCAGAUGUCACGCUUGAAGAGCUGCUAGACGAGUCGGAUCUAAUCCAAGAGCUGAAACAGCACAACACCAAGCUGAUAGAGUUCUUGCGGGAUGAAAAUACUCUACAGAGAUUGUUGAAAUAUGUUGUUGCGCCGGGUCCAGACGUGAAGAAUGGUGACGGAGAAGACGAUGAGGCUGCUUCGAAGGAAAAGGGGAAAGGGAAAGACCUGACUGUCAAAACCUCACCAGAUACAGAGAAAAGCGAUGAAGAACAAGAGAAGACGGAGAAACUCAGGCUUAAAUACGCAUACGUCGCUUGCGAAGUACUUUCCUCGGAGACAUGGUCCAUACUGGAAGCUUUGAUGACCAAUACUGCACACCUUCAGGAGUUCUGGGACUUUCUGAGAAGCUCUCCACCUCUGGAUCCCCUUCAAGCGGGGUACUUCACCAAAGUCAAUGAAGCGCUUUUAGAGAAGAAAACGGAGGAAAUGUUGGAUUUCUUCAAAUCUUCUCCGGGGACUGUCCCAGCGAUGCUGCAACAUGUUGAUUGUCCAAUGGUCAUGGAUCUGUUGCUCAAGAUCAUAAGCCUUGAAAAAGCUGAAGGCGGGCAGGGCAUUGUAGAUUGGCUUCAAUCGCAAGAUCUUAUUCCGACCCUUCUCUCCUAUCUUUCGCCUGACUCUCCAUCGUCAACGCAGACGUCAGCUGGCGACUUUCUGAAAGCCAUCAUCACUAUUUCUGCGAAUGCAUCUCAGAAUGAGCAAUCUUGCAUUGGACCAAACAGUCUCACAAGACAGCUUGUCUCGGAAUCCUGCAUGCAAACUCUCAUAACUUCGAUGCUACAUGGUGGUAAUCCGUUGACGGUUGGCGUCGGAAUUGUCAUUGAAGUCAUUCGCAAGAAUAACUCAGAUUAUGACCCCGAGAAUGGCCACAAUCCGGAUGCGCCCCCAACAAACCAUGAUCCUAUCUAUCUUGGAACGUUGCUGCGGAUGUUUGCGAAGCACGUGCCCGAUUUCAUGGAGUUGAUUCUCAGCUCGAAGCAUACAGUUACAGAUGGUGAAACGACUAGGGUAACUGAAAGAGGUAAACUGAGCUCCGCCUGGGGCACUGAAAUUGAGCCACUAGGUUUUGAUAGAUUUAAAACCUGCGAGUUGAUGGCCGAGCUCCUCCACUGCAGCAACAUGGGCCUACUCAACGAGCGAGGUGGUGAGGAAUUCAUCCGUCAACGUGAUGCAGAGCGAGAUCGACUUCGAGCCGCCGGAGCCUUUGCGCCGCACAAAGAGGAAGAAGAUUCCGCAGUCGAUAUAUCAGGGGAGUCCAGUGGAUAUGCUAAUGGUAACGUCGAAGCGUCUAGUGAAGAGUUGCGCAUUGCCAACAGCAGCGAAGAAGACGGUUUCGAAACUGUUGCGGCUCCUGAAAAGAGCGAAGAGUCUAUGACAGGGGAUGACUCGACCACAUCUGAGGAUGCUUUUACAGAGAUUCAAGAUAGAUCGAAGCUAGAGCUUGGAGAUGAUCUUGUGGAUGAGCCACUAUCACCGAAGGUCAGGACCAUUGUCGAUAAGAUGGAUGAUGAAGCUGAAAUCUCGUCUCCUCUGGGGAUGCCGAGUUCUGGUCCACUAUCGCCUACCACUGCAAAUCUGGAAGAGGGAGUCCGGCGGGUGAGCCUCGAGGAUACAACCAUGGCAUCUCCUCCAAAUGAAACGGAGGAUUCCACUGCGGUGCAGCCAGACGCCCCAAAUCUGAAAGCAGACAGUUCAAAUCUGUCAGGACCAUCACCACACCCCGAAGACACUCCCGCGCCAUUGUUUUCAAAGUCUCCUGAUGGCAAUAAAACACCCACAGCACAAAGUCCCGAACCCGCAGCCAGUCCCACAACAUCUCGAAACGACAUGGCUGAAACGUCCGAAGUCCAGCCAGAAGGUGAUACCUCUGUCAACGUGGAACCAAACACAUCUACCAUCGACUCGACCAUUGAGACGGACAUAGAUGGCACACCCGUCGUGGGCGACUACCUGAAGAUCAUGUUUGUGGAAAAUAGGGUGGUUCCAACAAUAUUGAGCUUCUUCUUUCGGUUUCCAUGGAAUAACUUUCUUCACAACGUAGUGUACGAUGUGGUGCAACAGGUCUUCAAUGGGCCGAUGGAGAGAGGCUACAACAGAUCUGUCGCCAUCAACCUUUUCGAGUCUGAGUCGAUCACAGAGCAGAUCAUAGAAGGCCAGAGAAGAAGCGAUGAAGCGCAGCAAAAGAAAAACAUGAGACUAGGCUACAUGGGGCACCUCACGCUGGUUGCCGAAGAGGUGGUAAAGUUUAGUGAACGACAUCCAGCGGAAUUAUUGUCCCAAACCGUUAUGGACAAGGUUUUGGAUAAAGAAUGGAUCGACUAUGUCGAGCAAACGUUGUCCGAGACCAGAGAACGAGACAAUGCCAUUCUUGGGGGUGUCCGACCAGACAUGUCGGUUGGCCCCAGGCAGGCGGUUCUCAACGCUGUGAAUGCAUCUCAGGGAUUCGGAAACUCGGCAGCAUUGGCCAAUGCCGGUCUCAACGGAGGUAUCGGCGGCCAGCAAGGCCUUGACAGCAUCGAGCUAUCAAAUAACGGCAGUGCCUCCAGCGCUGCAUUCGGAUCAACAACGAGUGGCUCCUUGCUGAGCGGCUUUGGUAGCUCAAGUGACGAUGAAGAUGAGGAGAUGGAUGAAGCGGAGGAAGAUGAUUCGUCACGAGCGGCUGCUGCGGCUGCUGCUGCAACAGCUUUGUCGACUGCUGAUACUGGCGUGACCGAGAAUAAUAGCGAUGCACCCAUACCCUUAAUUCCACCGCCGCCAGCACCUCUUAACAUUCCCCCUUCAAGAGCUCGCCGUCAACUUGCUGCCCGUCUCGCCCUCCAUAAACAAAAAGCCGAAGAAGCCACAGCCACAGCGGCAGCGGAAGAAGCAGCAGCACGCAACUCCGAUGACCCCUUUGCAAGUCUUGGCGACCGAGAUGAAGGAGACGCCAGUGAUCCAUUCACCCUCGAUGAAGAGGAGGAGGAUAUCACCUCGAGUGGACGGAGGGACAAGAAGCGCCAAGCUCCAUCAGAAGCCCGCCAAGGGUUCUCUGUCGGUCGGGGUCUAACUUCACUGUUCUCAUCGACCUCGAGAAAUAAAGGAGGUGCUGGCGGAGACGAGGACGAAGAGAUGAGAAGGCUACCCUCUCCAGCAGAAGAUGAUGAGGAUGACGAGGAUGACGAGGACGGAUCUUCGGGUUCGUCAAGUGGAGAACAGCACUAUCCGGCAGAAGCAGCGCCGAGCCAAGAGAGGAUCCCGUUAGAGACCGAUGAGGACGAAGACGAGGAGAUGGGCGAGAUGGUUGCACCGUCGGAAGAUGCGGAUGAGGAUGCGGAGGAAGAGGAGGAAGAAGAGGAAGAAGAAGAGCAAUCAAAUAGCAGUGAUGAUCAGGCUGCAGGGGAGGUGCUGAGUCCGGUGGAGAAGGAAAAGUUGAGAGGAAGUUUUGGGAGUACGGGAUCCGUGGGUGGGUCAAGACCUGCUGAUGUGGGGGGUAGGAGGAGCGGGGAGCGGGAGCGGGAGCGGGGUGGGAAUGAAGACGACGAAGAGGACGACGAAGAAGAAGAAGGCGAGGGUUUGGUGGAAAUUGCCAUGCCUAGCAGCGGUGGUCGGCGGAUGACCUGA